GUGCAACUAUUGGGUAUCUUUACUAAGGAAACGUUUUGCCACACAGUGGCUUCAUCAGUCCAUAUAAAGGAGAAUCGUGAAGAACAGGAGAAGAAUGAGGUAAUCAGUCCCUCAAUCUUGAGUCGAUAUGGUCAGUCCAUCAAUCUUGAAUAGAAUACAGCAUAUGUGCCGAGAAGUAGCUUAUAUACCGUAAGCAGGAGAGGUGCAGCAGUCAUAGGUGGUGUCACAUUUGUCCAAUGUGGAAUUAGGUCGUGCCCAAGGGUUAGGCAAGUGAAGAAUUCCCAAGUAUUAAGAUCCCAAGAAGUUGCAGUGUCUGACAGGAUUGUAGAUGAAUGGUUCAGAGAACCGACACGUUGAUAAAUUAGACACAUGUGCAACUCUUGGGUAUCUUUAUUAAGGAAACAUUUUGCCACACAGUGGCUUCAUCAGCCCAUACAAAGGAGAAUGGUGAAGAAGGGUUUUUAGGUCCCAACCAUGAGCUGUCUGCAUACACUACUGUCAACCAUCACUGUACAUUGUAUCAUGCUGAAAUAAACUUAUUAUUAUUAUUGGUAGGAGGAGGAGAGUGUAUCACAGCUGCUCCAUAAUUCAUUGGAAAUAACAUGCUUAUUAUGGACUAUAAUCUUUCCUGUACAGGUUUACCACAUUUUCACAAUCUUAAAUUAUAAUAGUAAUAUUGAUGAUAACAUUUUUAAUAAAUUAUAAUCAUAAUGAUGGUUUGUUGUGUUACAGGGAACCCGCGCAACAAGACAGCACUGAAGCCGGGUCACAGCUUGAUGGACUGGGUGAGGUUGGGUCACUCUGGCACUGACCUCGCAGGGACACAGGGAAAGAUCCUCGAUGUAACGCUGAAAGAUCUGGCUAAGCACAACAAACCCAAUGACUGCUGGAUGGCACUGAAGGGUAAAGUUUAUAAUGUGACAUCGUACCUGGAGUUCCACCCAGGAGGAGAGGACGAGCUGAUGCGAGGAGUCGGCACAGAUGCCACUGAUCUUUUUAAUGAGAUACACAAAUGGGUCAACUUCGAGACCAUUCUUCACAAAUGUCUUGUGGGACGUUUGGUAGAGAGUCGGCCAUUUUUCCUCAAGCCAAAUUUCUUGCCUCUUAUUAAAACUACAAAAACCUCACGUAAAGCAGAUGCCGCCCCAGUUCCUGCACCAUCUAAGAACUCUCUCUCAGCACCAGCGAUUGGGAAUACAGUGUCUCCUUUAGUCUCUCCUCUUACCCCAUCAACUCUACCAAAUCCAAAAUAUGAUUGGUUUCAGACAAACACUUUGGUUAUCAUUGCCAUCUACACGAAAUGGAAACACAUUACAAAGGAACAUGUUGUUAUAAUUAAGAAAAGAAAGGUAAUGAAGGUUGUGUGUUACAUACAAGACAUGGUUUACACAGUGCACAUAGAUCUGCAUAAAGAUGUUGCUGAUGAUUUUGAAUUGAAAGCUGAAGGUAAUUCUGGUAAGGUGGAUAUUCAGCUCAGUAAGAUGGAGCCAGGAGUGAGAUGGAGCACCGUCGGCAAGACUUUAGAGGGACACGGUGAUCAUGUCAAGUCAAAAGAGAGAGAGGUAAUGUAUUACUGGUAGCCAAAAACUGCAACAAUACACAAAUAAGAGAAAGAAAUUAUGACAACAUUUCAGUCCAACUUGGACCAUUAACUGUAUAUAUGCGGGUUAUUUGUGUACAGUAUUACUAGUCAUGUGUGGGAUAUUUGUGUAUUACUAGUAACAGUUUUUUAACUGGAUGCUAUCUUCUCUGUACCUAUUAUCUCUGAAAAUGUUGCAGUUUAGAGGGACCUUUCACUUGCAGUGAAAGCACACUUUUGGUAAGACAGUAACCGAACAUGAAUAAUGAUGGUUGUACUUCCUUCCCUUUAGGUCACCUUGGUGGGUGAUGGCUCGUGGCUCUUUUUUUUAUUUAUUGUAUCUCUUUUUCUCUAUAUC